GGCGCCUUUUGCCAUCCUUUUUCCCCAAGCCGGCUUUGGGGGCCGCGGUCGCUCCGCAGCUCGCGGGUCACAUGGCCCGCCUGAGCAAGGGGAGCCCUGCGACCGAGCUGCGAGGCGGGAGGAGGUGAGGCUCGGGCGCACACCCAAACCGCGCUGCGCCCGCUCCUUCUGGGCCCCGGCGAUGGCGCCUCCACCGGGAUGAGCUAGCCAGCCUGGGCGAUACCAGAGGCGGCCCUCGGCGCGCGCAGGGGACCGAGUUGAUAGCCCCAACCAGGUUUGAUUUCUGAUGACUCUGGCCUGAGUUCCAGGAUGUUUUUUUCUUGGGACCAGACAUGAACAAAAGUUGACCUCAUGAGCACUUCAACCUCUCCAGCUGCCAUGCUCCUCCGGAGGCUGCGGCGACUCUCCUGGGGCAGCACCGCUGUCCAGCUCUUCAUCCUAACAGUGGUGACAUUUGGCCUGCUGGCCCCCCUGGCCUGUCACCGACUUCUGCACUCUUACUUCUAUCUGCGCCAUUGGCAUCUGAACCAAAUGAGCCAAGAGUUCCUGCAGCAAAGCUUGAAAGAGGGUGAGGCUGCCCUCCACUAUUUUGAGGAGCUUCCCUCUGCCAAUGGCUCAGUGCCCAUUGUCUGGCAGGCCACCCCCCGGCCCUGGCUGGUGAUCACCAUCAUCACUGUGGACAGACAGCCUGGCUUCCACUACGUCCUGCAGGUGGUGUCCCAGUUCCACCGGCUUCUUCAGCAAUGUGGCCCCCAGUGCGAGGGGCACCAACUCUUUCUGUGCAACGUGGAGCGCAGUGUGAGCCAUUUUGAUGCCAAGUUGCUCUCCAAGUACGUCCCUGUGGCCAAUCGCUAUGAGGGCACUGAGGAUGAUUAUGGUGAUGACCCUUCAACCAAUUCGUUUGAGAAAGAAAAGCAGGACUAUGUCUAUUGCCUGGAGUCAUCCCUGCAGACCUACAACCCAGACUACGUCCUGAUGGUAGAAGACGAUGCUGUUCCCGAAGAGCAGAUCUUCCCAGUCUUGGAGCAUCUUCUGCGGGCUCGCUUCUCUGAGCCACAUCUCAGAGAUGCCCUUUAUCUCAAGCUCUAUCACCCCGAGAGGCUCCAGCACUACAUCAACCCAGAGCCCAUGCGGAUCCUGGAGUGGGUUGGUGUAGGCAUGUUGCUGGGGCCCUUACUAACCUGGAUUUACAUGAGGUUUGCCAGCCGCCCAGGGUUUAGCUGGCCUGUAAUGCUCUUCUUCUCCCUGUAUAGCAUGGGUCUGGUGGAGCUGGUGGGUCGGCACUAUUUCCUGGAACUGCGGCGGCUGAGUCCUUCCCUGUACAGCGUGGUUCCUGCCUCUCAGUGUUGCACCCCAGCCAUGCUCUUCCCCGCACCUGCGGCCCGCCGGACCCUCACCUACCUGUCCCAAGUGUACUGCCACAAGGGCUUUGGCAAGGACAUGGCACUGUACUCGCUGUUGAGGGCCAAGGGAGAAAGGGCCUAUGUAGUGGAGCCGAACCUCGUGAAACACAUUGGGCUCUUCUCCAGUCUCCGGUACAACUUUCAUCCCAGUCUCCUCUAGGGUGCCAAGAAAUGCCUUUCUGAAGUUGGCCACUUCUUGAAGAUUCAAAUAUUGAUCUCUUUAUUUAGACAUGGUUGCCUGCAGGUAUUUCACUGUUUACUGUUGUUAGAGAUAUAGGCACCGGGGCAGCUGAGGAACAUGAAUAAGUCAAGAGCCUUGGCUUUGGUAGCCUCCUGGCAGGAGCAGCAGUUUGCCACAGGUCCGGACCUCUCCCUCCACACAGCCACACUGCCUCAUGCAGUCUGACCCACCCAGUGAGGAUGCAUUUGAACCCUGGUUAUAUUCUCCAUCUGUUUUUAAGCUCUGCUUUGUGAUAGAGCUUGUGACUGCCAAAAAUCUUGUGCACAGUGAUAUGACUGUUUUAGGAUCUUAAGGGUAGGAUUUUGUGAAAGGUGAGAUCCUUUGGAAUUGAGUUCUUUCUCAUUGGGUAUGAAAAUGGAUGUAUGUUUAGAAUAUAUGCCUAACGAGGCAGGACCAUGUAGAUAGAUUCCAUUUGUUUCCUUGACCUGGUAUAAUAAAAACUGAUAAAAGCCGUGCAGUGCCCAGCAUCUUGGAGGCAGGUGACCUGGCUUUUCUGUUACCUGGCAUUUUCAUUUCCUAUAUAUCUGUAGUGCACUGAUAAUUGAUAUUGUUAAUGAGAACUUUAAGGCACGACAAGAUCUGGAAGAGCUUCUGAACCAUCACAGUCAGAUUGCUUAUGUUGAGUAGUGAUUUAACAUUGAACAUUUCUGUACUGCUCUGACUCUUUGAAAACUGGACAUUUCAGAAUGAUAUAGUGUGGACGAGCUCUUUACAAAUGGCAUAUCAUUUUUCCUGACUUUGCUGGCUGACUGCUUACCCUCAUUUCUUUUUCUUCUAGGUAGCAUGAUGUUAUAGGAAAAAAAAAAAAAAAAAAAAGCAUGGACUGAAGUCAGAAGACCUGAACUUUUAUUUCAGAUCUCUGCCAUGCCCUAAUGAUGUGACCACCUUGGGCAGGUCAUAUAGUCACUCUGGGUCUCAAUUUCUUCACUGGUAAAAUGAGGGCAGUAAUACUUACCUGUUAAAGUUACCUUGAGGAUUAAAUGGCAGAAUAUAUGUAAAACACCUAGCAAGUGCUUAGUCCAUAGAAGACACUUGGCAAACUUUUCUCUCCUAUAAUAGACAUAUACAACUCAAGCUUAUUUCAGAAAAAAAUAUUGGUGAUGUUGUUUAAAGUAUGAGAUAGGGCGUGGGGCUGCCACCUAUGUACCAGCUAUUCCAGACCAAGCCCUGCUAGAAUAAAGACUGACUUUUCAUUGUGACCUCUGAAGGAUGUGCAGCUCAGCUUUCACCUAGCCCCACCGUCAGCCAAGCCGAAAAGAAGAAUUGUUCAUUCAAACUGGAAAUGAUCUCCAGUUUGGAAAUGAGACUCCUCAUGAGCUUAUUCUAAGAUCAGAGUCUGAAAAUUACUUUUCUCAAAAGGUACAAAUAAAGGUAUUUUAACAGUACUAUCAGACUAGUGACCAACAAGUUUCUUUAUGAGGAUGGAUGAUGAUAAAGAGUUCAAGCAAUUGUCCAGUUUGUUUCGAUGCCACAGUUUGCUUUUAAAUUCCCACAGGGAACUUCCAUCUGGAGACCCACUCAACACAGAGGGAUUACAUAAAGGUUGAUCACCCACACUCUGCAGAUGAACAAAUUGAGACCCAGAGAUGCUAAACUGCUCUCCAGGUCACAAACCUGACAGCAGCAUAGCCAGAAUGGGAACAGAGCUCUUCUGACUUCAAGCCCCGGCACUUUUUUCUUAACCAGAUUAAUUUUAUGAAUAUCUAUGUGGUCAAAGUCUCUUUUGUAAAAUCUGACUAUAACCUGGACUAAAUCAUGUCUCUGUAAGCUAAGAUGGCAGAAACACAUUGUCAUGUUAGUUUGGGGGAACAAACAGAUCUAAGUAUGUGUUGUAAUGUUGUAGUGAGCUGUUAUGUAUCCCCCAGCAAUGUCCAAAGUGAUCAGAGCUACUAGAUGACUUAUUACAAUGUUCAGAUCCCACUCCUUCAUUCCUUCUCUCCCAGUGACCUGUCUACCCCCAAGCUUUAGAACUGAACCAUCUCCAACUUAGAACUCAUUAGAGUUUGUUGCACUGGUGAUUGGAUCUCCUCAUGAAAGUUUUUUGACCAAUGCCAGUGGAGCCACUUUAAGCUAGCCAGGCCCAAGAUAGGGAAGCACUGCUGGUUUACUUUUCUGCUCUUUCUAAUUCAGUUGUCUAUUGCAUGCAGUCAUCCCUUCCCUUGACUUCUCCAUUAUGGAAGGCUAAGGCCAUCCUUUCUUGUCCAGUUUCUCUACCUACACACUAACAUGCCUUUUCCCCAUGGAGCUGAACUCUGUCAGCUGUCCUUGGACAUUUUCUGCAGAUGCAGGCUUAGUUCUGCUCUUUUGUUCCCACCCACUUCUAAAUCUUCCUCCAUUUAAUCCCUUAUUCUUAUAAGGAGUCUAAUUUUUGUGUGUUGUCCUUGAUUAGGGCAGCUGACAGCUUUACACCAAAGCUGAAGUCUCUCAUUUAAUCCUAAGCAAGGGGCUAGAGAGAACUAAGAUAUCCUUCCCAUAUCAAGGGACAUAGGUUACUAGAAGGGUGGAGGUCUCUUAACAGGCUCACUCACCUUUCAGAAUUUAAAUUAUGAUCAGGCUUAAGAAGCUCUCUCUUGUGACUGAGUGUAUUUGCAUAGAUAUGUCUGUGAAAAUAAAAGCACCCAUUUUACUAAGGC